CCCAAAAGCCUCUCAUUUCCUUUCUAGCUUUUCUAUGUCAUAUUCUCCUUGACUCAUUGUCCUCGUAGGGUUCCACCGGCGUAGAUGCACAGGCGCUCAUGCGCAAAGAUAUCCAUAACACCACACGGUGUCAAAUGUGUAAUAUUUCCUUGCUACAUCACAUCAGCCAAAUAUUUUUUAAGGUUCGCUUUAUAUCCCUUGGGAGGUUCUGGGUUGGAAGUGGUGGUUCAGGAUUCAUUGUGAUUUACAGGAGGAUUUUUGCGUCACCUUUACCACAUCAGCCACUGUCUUCGGACUCCAUUGCUGGUAAUACGGAAUAAUAUCUAUUCGUAUGCAUUCGCGUCUUGAGUU